AUGAAGCGCCUUGGUAGGCCGAGGAAGUAUUUCAAGGCCGGAACCACAACCCAGGUCAUACAGUAUCCCGAAUCAGGUUUGCCACAAUCAGCUCCCGUCAUCGGCUCACUGGUUGAGUCGGGUGAAUUUAAUCUGCUCGAUCUGCCACGACUACAGACUGAGUUAGAAAUCCUCCUGGCCUCUGCUACAGAGCGUAUGGUUUGCCUUUCCUCGGAGCUUCAUGGCUCUCCAGUGCCGCCCUCCAUUUUGCGACAUCUGGGCCUCUUGAAAGCGGAGGAGGAAUCUACUCACUCUGGUCCCCCUCAGGUCCCCUCCUCCCUAGUGGUUACUGCCAAUCCCAAUAAACCGCUUAGCCUCAUUAUCUCAUCUCAGCGUCCGCAGGCUACCGACACGCAACUUCCGGAUGAAAGAGAAUCCCGGCUCUGUUCCAGUCCCCCUGCCAGCUGUGCCCCCGCCUUCCUCGCCUUCCGCCACGUCAAGGGCUUCCAAUCCCGCGUGAGUUUUUUUUAG